GGAAUUUCCCAUUGGAUAGGUUUUGGGGGAAGGGAAAUGAGGUUCCAUAUGAGUCAUCAUUUUCCCCUCUUCUUCCACCCUGAAAAAAUUUCAGACCGUUUUGUUUUUAAUCUUUCUGGCUGACCAGUGGGUUUGAGAAACAGAAAGAGAAAACCCUCAUCUCUCUCUCUUCCUCUGAAAUCCUAAUCAUGAUUACAACACGACGAAACUGCUACCUAAGAAAAUGAAACCCAACGAAAAAGAUAGCAAUCGCCAUUAAUACCUCUCUCUCCCACGUACCUCUUCUUUUUCAACAUUAACAUACAAUACAACAAACUAAGUGGAUGUGGCUCUGUCUCUCCUCGUUUCCGCCAUGGCUGCUGCUCCUUCACCCACUUCCUUCAAUUCCUCGCCUGCUCCCACCCUCCACCACUGUUCAUCCCUUUUCACGCCGAUUCAAGAAUCCGAGAGGGAAGGGCGGGAGGAUGCCAUUCCUGUUGACAAUCGGACUCAGAAUACAGCCGCCGGGACUGGCGGCUGCACGGACCGGGGAACGAGUCCGAAGCAUCACUCGACGCCGCUGAACCGGACCAAGAACGGAAAAUCACAUACGGUUAAGAAACGGUCGGAGUCGGAGUCGGAUUCCGUGUCGAGUUCCGAUGGGCCGGUGUCGUGUAACCGUUGCCGUCCUCACGUGCGAGAGAAGAUCUCCGUUGUUCCGCUGGAUAACAACAACGGCGUCAAUAAACAAACCUAUUUCUCCAUGGCGAGUCCUAAUGGCAUUUUCAAAUCCCUGAUUUCGUCGUUAACGCGGAAGAGUCCGAAAUCGAUAAAUGAAUCUUCGGCUCUAACGGCUCGAGAAGAGCAAUGGAGGGCCGCCGUCACGGAGCUGUCGCAGAAGCUAGUUCAGGCGACGAGAAAGAGAGAUGAGGCUAUUAUGGAAGCUUCUAGAUUAAAAUACGCCAUGGCUGAACUGGAGAAGAAGCUGGACAAACUCGAGACGUAUUGCCAUGGUUUGAAAUCCGGGAUAGAAGAAUGCAGCGGCAAUUCGCCUUGCCAAAUUGGGAUGUAUAAUCAAAUCCAGAGUUUUCAACAGAGGAAUCAGAAGCAAGUUAUAGAACAUUUCUUAGUUUCAGUAUCUGAAUCUCGAUCGUCGAUUCGGCUUCUUAGCCGGUCACUUACUCUGCAACUCCGCCACGUCGGAGCCAAAGUAUACGAACGAAUUUCCGUUCUUCUUCAACCUUACGAUGUCAAAAUCUCAUUCUCCAAGAACCCUAGAAGCAUGCUUUUCUACCUGGAAGCUCUGCUCAACCAAGCUUUUUUCGAGGAUUUCGAAUCGAUAGGGUUUCAAAAAAACGCAUCAACUCAGGUUCUAAAUCCAAUCGAAAGAUGCGAAACGAAUUUCGAAUGUUUCAAUUUUCUCCAUGAAUUAACCUGGGAGGAGGUUUUAAGCAAAGGCACGAAGCAUUUCAGCGAGGAUUUCAGCCGAUUUUGCGACCGGAAAAUGAGCGAGAUCGUCGCGAUGCUCGGAUGGAACAGAGCCUGGCCGGAGCCGCUGCUGCAGGCAUUCUUCAGCGCGUCGAAGAGCGUGUGGCUUCUGCACCUACUGGCGAACUCCGUACAUCCGAAUCUGCCGAUUUUCAGAGUGGAUAAAGAGGCCGAUUUCGAUUCCGUUUACAUGGAGGACAUGGGCGGCGAUAAGGCCAGAAAGCUGAUACCGUCGUUGGUCAGAAUAAUGAUUGCACCUGGUUUCUAUGUCUACGGCAGCGUGGUUAAAUGCAAAGUGUUGUGCAGGUAUAACGCCGCCACCGCCGCCGCCACCGCCGCCGCCUCCGCCGUAACCGCCGCGGCAUUGUCACCGUAAUGGAGGUGGAGUAGGAAAAAGAAUCUAUGACUUUGGGGGAAAAAACAAAAUUUCUCGCUCAUUUUGUUUCUUUUUGUUUUCUAGAAAUCCAAAGAUGUGAUUUAGUUUAGGUGGUUGAAUGGGUAUAAUCAAUGUAGAAUUUUAGGAUUUGCAGUGUGGUUUUAAUAAUAAUAAUAAUAAUAAUAAUAAUAAUAAUAAUAAUAUGUUUCCAAGGGCGAAAGUGAAGAAGAGCAAGAAAUUUGCAUUUUCUUUUCUGAA